UCAGGAUCGAUCCGAGACAUCUCAAACACCAGCUGCUACCUAGCUAAGCUCUUGGUUCAUUUCAAGCUAGCUGGGGGUGGCCAGCUACUUGGCCAUCUAUAUAUCUAUCUUGUGCGUGUGUGUAGUUGGUGAGACUGAAUUGUUGGGAGAGAUCGAUCUCGGGUAGGAUCGAUCGAUAUGGCGCUGAGGGAGAUCGAGUCGACGCUGCCACCGGGGUUCAGGUUCUUCCCCAGCGACGAGGAGCUGGUGUGCCACUACCUCCACCGGAAGGUGGCCAACGAGCGGACGGCGCAGGGGUCGACGCUGGUGGAGGUCGACCUCCACGCCCGCGAACCGUGGGAGCUCCCAGAGGUGGCGAAGCUGACGGCGAGCGAGUGGUACUUCUUCAGCUUCCGGGACCGCAAGUACGCGACGGGGUCGCGCACCAACCGCGCCACCAAGACGGGCUACUGGAAGGCCACCGGCAAGGACCGCGAGGUGCGCGGCCCGGCCGCCGCCGCCGCGCGCGCCGUCGUCGGCAUGAGGAAGACGCUCGUCUUCUACCAGGGGAGGGCGCCCAACGGCGUGAAGACCGGCUGGGUCAUGCACGAGUUCCGCCUCGACUCCCCGCACUCCACACCCAGGGAGGACUGGGUGCUAUGCAGGGUGUUUCAGAAGAGGAAGGGCGACGGCGACGGUGGUCCGCAGGACAGCGCCGGCGCCGGCGCCGCCUCUCCGACUUUCACCUCCUCGAUGUCGUCGUCGUCGUCGCACCUACAGCAGCCGGACCACCACCCUGCAGCAGCCGCCGCGGCGGGCGGCUACUGCUACGGCGCCGUCGACUCGCAGCUGGCAGCAGCUGGCUACUCCGCCGCCGGCUUCGCGGCGCCGCCGCCCCAGAUGAACACUUCCCAGCCGGCGGCGCCACAGUACCAAUACGGCGGCGCGGUUCUUGGCUUCCCGGAGGAGUACGGGCUCGGAACUUACUUGGACAUGGGCUUCGACGUCGACGACAUCAGGUUCCCGCAGGGUUGGAACUGAUCGAUCGAUCCCGGAACUAAACAAAGUUUAUUUUGAGUAUGUAUACGCGUCAUAUACAGGGUUCUACUGUUGAAUUAAUUAAUUUCAUUAAUUGUUUACAUCAAGUUUGUAUAGGCUACAAUAGUUGUUUGCGUCUGGCACUUUGGCUUGAGAACGAUUGAUGGAUCAUUGCGUAUGUAAAGGGGCAAAAGAAUCAAAUGUAAUUAUAAAAAU